CCGCGUGGAGAGCCCGCUCGCGCCUGCGUGGCCGCGCUCCUCGCCGCCCGCCGGGUCGGGACCAGUCAGGACCCCGUCCCCCUGGGCGCGUCUCGCUGGUCCCAGCCCUGCGCCCGGCGACGGCGGCGCCCGCACCUCCCCCCGAGGCCGCGCGCAGUCGCCCCGAGAGGCGCCUGUCCGCGGGCGGAGGGCGACGGGAACCGACCGCCGUCCGCUUCCUGUCUCGGAAAAGCACCCGCGCGCAGUGCCCAGGGGCCCGGGCCGGGCGGCGGUCCCUCCCACCCGGUUCUGCGGGGACCGGGCUAGGAGCGCAGAGGGAAGGCAGGUCCCCGCCGGGGCAGGCUCCCGGAAAGGGACACGACGACCGCGCAGGUCACUGGGAGGGGUAGUGACGUCACACACGCGCAGGGGUCACCCAGCGCCGGGCACAGGUUACCAGGUGACGGGGGUGUUCAUGAAGAACUGGGACUCCCUGGACGAGCAUGGCGUCUGCACCGCCGAUAAAGACUGCGAAGACGCCUACAGGGUUUGCCAGAUCUUAGACAUCCCUUUCCACCAGGUGUCCUACGUGAAGGAGUACUGGAACGACGUGUUCAGUGAUUUUCUAAAUGAAUACGAGAAAGGAAGGACUCCCAACCCUGACAUCGUCUGCAACAAGCACAUCAAGUUCAAGUGCUUUUUCCAUUACGCGGUGGAUAACCUUGGAGCGGACGCAGUUGCCACAGGUCACUACGCACGGACGUCCCUGGAGGAUGAGGAGGUCUUCCAGCAGAAGCACGUGAAGAGGCCAGAGGGGCUUUUCAGAAACCGAUUUGAAGUUCGAAAUGCGGUAAAGCUUCUGCAAGCAGCUGACAGCUGUAAAGACCAGACCUUCUUUCUCAGCCAGGUUCCCCAGGAGGCCCUGCGGAGAACCCUCUUUCCCCUGGGGGGGCUCACGAAGGAUUUUGUAAAGAAAAUAGCUGCUGAGAACAGACUGCAUCAUGUGCUGCAGAAGAAGGAGAGCAUGGGCAUCUGCUUCGUGGGCAAGAGGAAUUUUGAAAAGUUCAUCCUGCAGUACUUACAGCCGAGGCCCGGGCACUUCAUCUCCAUAGAAGACGGCACCGUGCUGGGGACACACAAAGGUUGGUUCCUGUACACGUUAGGCCAGAGGGCCCGGAUCGGCGGCCUGCGCGAGCCCUGGUACGUGGUGGAGAAGGACGGCGCCACGGGCGACGUGUUCGUGGCCCCCCGGACGGACCACCCGGCCCUGUACAGGGACCUGCUGCGGACCAACCGCGUGCACUGGAUCGCGGAGGAGCCGCCUGCAGCCCUGGUCCGGGACAAGAUGAUGGAGUGCCACUUCCGCUUCUGCCACCAGAUGGCGCUAGUGCCCUGCGUGCUGACCCUCAACCAGGACGGCACAGUGUGGGUGACGGCGGUGAAGGCUGUGCGGGCCCUCGCCCUGGGACAGUUCGCCGUGUUCUACAAGGGGGAGGAGUGCCUGGGCAGCGGGAAGAUCCUGCGCCUCGGACCGUCGGCCUACACGCUCCAGAAGGGCAAGAGCCGGUCCAGCGUGGCCACCGAGGGCCCCGGCGACGGCCCCGGUUCGGGACCCGCGCCCUGAGCACCGGAGCGGCUGCGGAGGAGCAGAGCCUGGGGCGGCCCGCGGCAUGGCUGCUGCUGGACCCGCUGCCCAGGAGGGGCCAGAGGACUUGCUGACUGUGGGUCUGUCCAGGGGCCCACCCGUAGUGCCUCUUACACCCUGGAGGGGCCGCAGGGACCGCGCGGAAUAAAAACCUGUCUGGCA